ACAACUGAAGACAGUCGGUUACUCGCUAAGAAAAGACGACGUUGUGUCGCGCUUGCGCUGUGAGUGUAAAUACGGAUUUUAGUGGAUUUUCCCGCGUUUUAAAAUAAACUAACACGGUUUACAUAGAUAAAAAACAUAUAAAAAAUAGUUAAUUAUAAGUGCGCAAAACUUUUUCGAUAAGGUAUUAUUUUGAGAAUUUUUGUGAAUGGAAUUCUAAGGCAGGCUUCUGGUUUCCCAUACUUAGCAAGCGGAUUGUUUUAAUAAGUUAUUCAUAGAUUGUCUCCGGAAUCUUCGUUUUAUUGCCGACGACUGCGAUCAUCAAUUCCAUUGGAUUCCAGUUAGAAAGAUCAAACUACGCAUCAAAAAGUAGCAUUCAACUGCUGCUAACCCAUUAACGAUGUCGUGAAGAAACACAUUUCGUGAAAAACGCCCACAAAACGAGGAGGAUUGACGUACAAGUGAAAUGUUGUGAAAGUACAGUGACGCGAAAUGAAGAUGGCGCUAGGAGUGACAUUGGUGUGUCUGUGUGUGUGGAGCGUGUUUGUGUGCGUGGACGGCCACGUGGCGCUGACGUAUCCCCCGGCGAGGAAGUAUGACCUGGACUUCCUGGAUAACUCUAGAACGAAGCCUCCGUGUGGGAUGCCUAAAGGUUCAAUAAGAACGUCAUUUUUAGCUGGAUCAACGUUUACAGUACAUUGGCAUUUGGCUUACGCACAUCGAGGUGGAUUUAGUUUAAGGAUAUUGGACUAUUUAGAACGGCCACUAUUGGACUUAACGCCGAGAGCGGGAGGUUCUGAGUUUGUUCGAGAUGAUCCAACCGCGCAGCAGUACGAGGUGCGUCUGCCGGGCGACUUCACGUGCGACAACUGCACGCUGCAGCUGCAGCGCGAGGCGGGCGAGUGGGGCGCCAACUACCGCUUCUGGUCCUGCGCCGACAUCGACAUCGUGCCGCGCAAGAAGUUCCACGAGACGUGCUCCGGGCGCGGGUUCCACAUCCUGGGCCGCUGCAAGUGCCACAAGAUGCACAGCGGGCCGCGCUGCCAGUUCGCCGACGAGUGCGGCGAGGACAACGACUGCGGGCUGCGCGGCAAGUGCCUCGACACCAACGCCACCGAGGCGCCCGCCAAGCAGUGCUACUGCCCGCUCGGCUUCUACGGGAAAGGGUGCAACAAGAAAGCACCAUGGAAGGAUAAAAACAUUAACUUGGCGGUGUACAGCAAGAAGCAGUUGUCGAAAGAAUUUGCGCUGUACUGGCGCGUGUUGAAGGAGGAAGCGGAGGUCGAGGUCAUUAUGAUGGUCAACGGGACUUCUUAUGCCGCUCUUGGAUGGCGGCCUAAAGGACUGAAAAAAGAAUGCAAAAAUUUCCCUGUGCUAGGUCCACCAGUAAAUAUGCCCAAUACACCAGCGCCUGAACCACUCCCCGAGCCAGAACCAAAAUCUGAGCCAGAGUCUGCUCCGGAACCAAAGGCUGAGCCUGAACCAACACCAGAGCCAAAAGCUGAACCAGAACCUUCCCCAGAACCAAAAGCCGUACCAGAACCUGCUCCAGAACCCAAAGCUGAACCAGAACCGGCAGCAGAACCAAAACCAGAACCUCAAUCAACGAGUCCACCAGAUGUAAUUAACAUGACUGAAAACGAUAACAGAAAUAAAAGGGUAGCGAUGCAUACUUUAGAUGGGUUUGAUUUUAAAAAUCUUGGAAAUGAUGUUACAGUCAAAACCAGUGUUUCAUAUAAAGUGUCAAGUUCUAAAGGUCGAAAAAAACGUGCCACAUCAGAAAAUGAGAAACCGAAUGUGGAAACAUCGACUAUUCUAAAAUCAGACAACAACGACCCAGUCCCUGAACCCGAAACUACCCCAGAACCAGAACCAAAGUUAGAACCAAAGCCUAAACAUAAGACCUUUAAACCAAAGCCUAAACAAAUGACUGAAUUAAAUGAUAGUCCCAAAAUAAAAACCACGUCUCCCCCAGAUCCUACGUCUGAACCAGAACCGAAACCAGAAUCCGCUCCACAACCUAACCCAGAACCCGAACCAACUUCUGAACCAGAACCCACUCCAGAACCAAAGUCAGAGCCAGAGCCAGAACCAAGUACAAAGCCAGAGCCUAGCCCUGAACCAAAAUCAGAACCUGAAUCAACUUCUGAACCUGCACCAAAAGUGAAAUCCUCUCCUGUACCAGAAGCAGAACCUGAACCGAGUUCAGAACCAAGUCCAAAACCGGAACCUGAACCCAUUCCUGAACCUAAAUCUGAGCCUCAACCUACAUCUGAACCUGAACCAGAACCUGAACCAAAACCUGAACCAACAUCUGAACCAGAACCCACUUCAGAACCCGAACCAACUCCCGAACCUGAACCCAAUGCAGAAGCGGAUUAUGAGAAUCUGCUAGUGAUGGGACUUUCCGAAGAAACAGGCUAUUUCCCUUCGCACGAAUAUGCACCAAAGUUUGACUUCAACCCCAUGGACUGCACCGACAUAGUAAUCGGAACCGCCAAAGGAAGCUAUCAUCGGGUUCUUGACUAUUAUACAAGAGACAGGUCAACACCGCGUGUGGAUACGUUCUGGGGAGGACACGAUGACAUCACAGCCGCUUCUGGUUUCGAAGACAACGGAGUAACCACCAUCAUGUUUAGAAGGAAAAUCAAGGCCAAAGAACCAACAGACCAUUCGAUCGUGGACGAUCAGAUGCACGUGAUAUGGGCUCGAGGACAGGAGUACGAGCACUACGUGCACUCCCCUCCCGCGGGCAUCAGCAGGGGAGACUUCUACCGGCCCGACGAGAUCAAGUACCACGGCCACGGCUCGCAGAGGGGAGUCGCUUCUAUUAACUUCUUCGAAGAAAAGAAGAUCGCAACGUACGGCGGCAUCCAGUCGCUCGACAACGACAAGUGCGGCGCGCAGUGGAAGUUGCCCACGGACUGCAGCGUCGCCAACAACACCUGCGACUUCGCCGCCUCCUGGGAGUACCUGGGCCAGACGCGCGGCAAGGACUCCGUGCGCUUCACCAUACGGACGAAGAUGGGCAAGUUCUGGACCGGCAUCGGGUUCAGCAAUGAUAAGAAGAUGUCGCAAACGGAUGCAGUGAUCGGCUGGAUAGACCCGCGCACCAACCGGCCCUUCCUCAUGGACACGUGGGUGACGGGCUACGCGGCGCCGCGCCUCGACCCGCGCCAGGACCUCAGCGCUGUCAGCGGCUCCGUGGUGGACGGCGUCACCGUGCUCAGCUUCGUGCGCAAGCGCGACACCGGCGACACCAAGGACCUACCGUUCACGGACAACAAGUGCCUGUACAUGAUGUUCGUGACGCACGGCGGCGGCUUCGACGCCGUCAACAAGCGCACCAGCAAGCACGUGGAGGUGCCCUACGUCACCGACGAGCGCGUGUGCAUCCGGCCCUGCGGACCCGAACUGACAAUCGAAGAAGAGGAGCAGAGCACGGAGGCGGCCCCCGGCAGCCGCAGCUACACGCUGCUGCUGCGGGUGACGGGGCUGGCGGACAGCUUCCGCCCGCCCGCCGCCGGCAGCGCCGACUACGACGAGCUGGCGCGCCGGGUGGCCGACAGCCUGGCGCAGGAGCUGUCCCGCACCAAGGGCUACCAGGGGCUCGCCGUCAACGGCUUCAUGCAAAAUGAAACCAAAGCAAUAAUCGCGGAGCUGACCUUGAAAUCCAUCGACACGAACUCUAUAGAGAACACGGCGCGCUCGCUGGACGGCGAGCUGCUGGACUCCAGCGAGCUGCAGGACGGCGACCUGGCGAAGUGGGAGCGCGUGGUGCGCGACACGCUCGCCGCAGGGACGGUUGGCAACUUGAACGUGGAGUUCAUGGCGUUCCAGCCCGUAGCGCUGUCGGCGGCGCCGCCGUCGGAGGAGCCGACCGUCAGCAAGUCUCUGUUCGGGUCGGCGGGGCGCCUGUGGCUGGUGGUGGGCUGCCUGGCGGCGCUGGUGGCGCUGGCGCUGCUGCAGGCCGCCUGCACCCUUGCGCGCGCCGCGGCACCCAAGACCAAGGAUCAACUAAUACCGAGCUCGGCGUGGAAGGACUACACGUCAGCGAACACCAACUACGCCUUCGAGCCCUUUGAGAACGACGACAAGUACAACAGCACCUCCACCCGCUCGCCCCCGCGCCCCACCUCACCGCCCCCGCCCAGACCCACCAGCGCGCACAAGAUGACGCCCAAACCGCACAAGAACGGCCACAACAUGACCAACAAUGGCCACAUGACCAACAAUGGUCACAUGACCAACAAUGGUCACAUGACCAAUAACGGUCACAUGACCAAUAGGAGUCGUAAUGCAAACGGUAGAGACGUGCGCGACGGUCCGAUGAGUCCUCGCGAAAUGGCGAUGAGUCCCCGGGAAAUGGCGAUGAGUCCCCGGGAAAUGGCGAUGAGUCCCCGGGAAAUGGGGAUGAGUCCCCGGGAAAUGGCGAUGAGUCCCCGGGAAAUGGCCAUGAACGGCCACACGAUGGCUAGCAAUGGCUACCCGACGAACGGGAGGAGUAAAACGCCGAACAGUUCAAAGAAGUUCUCGAGUAGUACGCCGCAGUACUACCACGAGACGAGGUCGCUGCAGAGGCCAAGGUCGCAUUACGGGUACAACGGCGGCGCGGGCGGCGGGGGCGGCGGCGCGGGGGGCACGGGGGGCGCGGGCAACUCGCGGUCGCUGCCGCGCGGCGAGCCACAGCCCGACUUCUACUUCAUGCCGUCGCAGCGCAAGCACGAAGAUUUCUGAACGUGAGUUCGACGACAACUGACCUAAGUUACCAAUAGACAGACUUACUCGUAUCGUACCUACACACAUUUUUUGUAUUUACUUAUAAAUCAUAAGCUAAGUAUUUAUAUAUCUGAACGUAAUAUAAUACACAUAUUGUAAUAUUAUAAUGAAAAUGUGUAUUAAAAAGAAAAAAAUAUUAAAAAUAGCGAAAGAAAUAAGGAUAUCCUCAUCACACGAACGAGUUUAUGAAUGAGAAUACUAAUAGUUUUCAUAACGAGUCAGAUGUACUUAAUAAAAGAUACUUAUAUUGAGCAAUUGAUUUGUGUAUGCAAUGACAUUAAAAGGUAAGAAGAUGAAAUAUAUAAAUUAAAAUAUGUGUAGAAUGGUUAACAGUGUGUGUUUGAUAAAGAAUAAUUUAGUUUUUAUUUUUAUAUAUUAUUCAUUAAUUCUUCACUUUUAUUAAAAUAUCCAAACCAGUUCUAGUCUCACGUCACAGUUUUAAUUUAAGUUAUUCUUAGCUUCUGCUUCAGUGUUGCCAUUUUUACCUGAGUAAUACACUACUGGACAAUCCUGCGUAGUAAAUUUUACCAAAUUUAACCAGAAAAAUUAAGUAAAAAAGCUUAAUAUAAGUGAUAUAUGUAAGAGUGAUAGUGCAAAAAAUAUUAAAAUUAGCAUGUUAAAGAUUUUUAUAGAACAUUUUUUUGAGUAAGCCACAAUUGGAAAAAAAACUAAUAGACAUUUAAUAUAUUUUAUCAAUGGCAACACUAAAAGAAGUGUAAAUAUAAGCAUUUUUCGCUGUAUAUUUGCAAUAAUAUAUAUAUUUUUUACUUUUAGAACACACUAAUGUUAUUGGUGAUUUAUAUAUUUUCAUUAAUUUCUUCCUCAAUUUAAGAAAUGUCUUAAUGUAACAUGUAAUAGAGUUCUAAUUAUUAAGAUAUAUAACACCAAUCUGUCCAUUUUUGUUAAAAAUGGUUUAACAUUAUUCUAAUGAGAUUUUGUAUUUACUGAGAUUUAUACAAGAAUUAUUAUUAAUAUUAUUUUGUAAAUAAUAAAUAUUAAUUGUAGAUAAUUAUAUAUAAAUAAGGGUAUUUAAUUAAAAAAAUUAUGUUACAUAGAUAAGGAUAUUUUAAUUAUUUUGCAGUACAAGAGAAAUGUAAUUGUAUAAUUAAAAUCAAAUUUGCACAAUUUAUUCAAAAUUAAAGUAUUUCUUUGUUAUGAGUAAUAAUUUACAUCAAAACAAGUUUACCUUCUAUUUAUAAGAUUUAUGGUGCGAUUAAUAUAAGUACUAUUUUAUGUUUUUCAAAUUUUAGUUUGUUUAUUAAAAUAUAAUAGAGAUAACAGAAUCAGAAGCAUAUAUAACUAUAGAUCGAAAUGCAGUAAAACAAUAUUUUAUCUAAAGGAACAAUGUAUUACUUUUAUUGAAUUACUAAUACUGUAGUAAAAAUAUUUCUCACGAAUGAUUACCAAUUGUUAUAGACAAGACUAGUAAUUUAAUGAUGUAAGUAAUUAAUUUAAAUUCAAUUAACAAAGCGAGUAUUAAUUAAUGUAGCGUAAGUGAUUACCAAAUCUAAGAUUAUAAAUAAAUAUUUUAUAUAUAAAUUUUA